AUGAAUGCACUCUUCUUGGCAACAUCCUUUUUCGUGCUGUGCUUUCUUCCUGCGAAAGAGUCGCUUCCUAUAACAAACGCCAAACGGUUUGACACCUAUAACAGCAAGGAGCUUGGACCAGAUCUGGAACAGUGGGAGCACAGUGUAAAGUUGCCAUUUCACCAGAAUCUGCUUCAAGCACCUUCGGACGAAUCAAGGACCAUGGCGCAAGUGCAGGAGCCAUCCCUGGUUACUCUGGGCUAUGUACUUUUAAAUAGCCAGAGUGCACAAGAUCGUCAAGGAGGUGAAGAUGACACACAUCGAUAUAAAAGAUUCAACACUAAACCCAACUCUCUCGACCUUACCUUUCACCUACUGAGAGAAUUUCUGGGAAUGGCCAAAGCUGAAAAAAUGGCCCAGAAAGCAGAGAGUAACAGACUGAUUAUGGAAAGCAUAGGAAAAUAA